GGGGAAGCGGAUCUGUUGGGUGAUUCGCGUCCCUCAUGUAUCAUGCGGUUGAAACUCCGGAAUAUUUUCCUUGUUUACUUUGUUGUUUCCAGCGUUGGUCUCAUGUAUGCUCUCCUGCAAAUCGGGCAACCAUGUGACUGUUCACAACAUUUGCGCUCAGGCAGCAAUGCCCAUGGGAGAUCUCGGCAUUCUUUUGUUCCAAAGGGACCCAGGGACCUUUCAGAAGAUGACCAACUGCCUGUCAUAUAUGUGGUGACUCCAACCUAUGCACGUCCUCAUCAACUAGCAGAGCUUACUCGCCUCUCUCAGACUCUGCUUUUGGUUCCUUCUCUACACUGGAUUCUAGUUGAGGACUCUGCAGAGCGGUCAAAGGCAGUGGCAGAUUUACUUGCCCAGAGUGGUUUGCAUUACACUCACCUGAAUGUGCAGACACCUCCCGUAAUGAAGCUUAAGGAUAGUGAUCCUAACUGGCUUAAGCCUCGAGGUGUGGAGCAGCGCAAUGAAGCUUUAAGGUGGCUUCAGCUGAACAGAUCACCGAAGGAUUCUGGGGUUGUAUACUUUGCUGAUGACGACAAUACUUAUAGCAUCCGUAUUUUUCAGGAGAUGCGUUACACACAAAAGGUCUCAGUCUGGCUCGUUGGACUGGUUGGGGGGUUGCGGUAUGAAGGUCCCCUUGUGGAGAAAGGACGAGUGGUUGGUUUUCAUACAGCCUGGAAACCCCACAGGCCAUUUCCCAUUGACAUGGCUGGUUUUGCAGUUUCCCUAUCGCUGCUUUUGUCGCAUCCUGGAGCUCGAUUUGACCCCAAUGCAGAAAGAGGAUUCCUGGAAAGCAGUUUACUGGGUCAGCUGGUAUCUGUGGGGGAGCUAGAGCCGCGAGCAGAUAACUGCACAAAGGUCUGGGUGUGGCACACACGCACUGAGAAGCCAAAGCUCAAACAAGAAGAAGUUUUGGAGAAACAAGGGAGGGGUUCAGAUCUUAAUGUACAGGUGUGAUUUCAAUGCAGAGGUCAGACCCUAAUGUACAGGUAUGAGCUAACUGUUAAGACCUGAUCCUCGGUUUCAGAUUUGACCCUAAUGACAACAGUUUGCUACACUGAUCUCAUGCUUUUGAUCCAGUUAAAGUACAGGCAUCUUAAUAAGAUGAUGAGAAACCUUCACCAUAGGUUAACUGAUCACAUUCAUAUGUACAGGUUAACCUUGAGAAGGAAGUCAAUACAUAGACUGUUGAUCAGUUUGUUUCUGCUGAGCAGUGUGCUAUCCUUCAGAUGUGAACCUAACAUGGAGAUAAAGCAGUGUAAGUUCUAUAAAUGCAAUUUUAUUAUAAAGGUCAAAUCUAACUGAACAUGUGCAAUGAAUGCAAAGGCCUGAAUGAAAUGUACAGAAAUGUAAGUUCCGUGGCCCUUGUUAAAAACGGGAACAUAGAUGCAAGACUGUAACUUUGGCACAGGGUGGUGCCAACUGUUGUAAAUAGUGGCUCUGUAUGAGGCAUUAUCAGACCAUGAUCCUUUUGGAAAACCAUGAGAAUAAUUCUUUGCAAUUACGGUAAUGUGACGAUUAGCUAUUUAUUACAAAGUAAGACUUCUGGAAUUAUUAAAUAAAUCUUUUUAGCCUUGAA